UCUGGACCAGAGUCAUGGAUCGUCACUGCCACCAAGAGCGUUCCCGCCACGCCUAUCAUUUCAGGCGAUUGGCGGCACGCUUCCCGCCGCGCCGUGAGCGUGCCUCCGUCGCGACUUGGACUGUGCUGGUAGAGGACCGCCCGGUGGGCUGGGCCUCAGCACUACGCUGGAGGGAGCAGCCCCGGCCCGAGCGUGGCGCGCCCCCGGAGUCCGUCCCCGAGCCUUUCCGGGGCAACACGUUGGAGGACCGGCACCCGCACGAGCCCGCGGCCGUAUACAACGAGGCGGAGCGCCGCCUGCUGUGCCCCGUCUGCGGAGUGCCGGAGCUCCACCGCCUCACCCACCUGGCGGGCGCCUUGCACCAGGCCCGCGUCGCGGCGGACUGGGCUCGCCGAGCCGCGCCACCUCCUGCUGCACCUCCGGCAGCCCCCCGCCCGUUGGAGGUCGCGGAAGCCAUCCGGAUCCUCCGCCAAGUCCGCCCGGAUCUGCUCCGCGACCCGGCCCACGAGGAGGCCAUCUUAGACCUCGACCUCUAAAAGGGGGGG